AUGGUCCUCGUCCGCUAACAUGUGAAAAACUCAAGUGUUCCUUCUUCCUUCAAACGGAGUAGUCCCAUUGAGAAAUUUUAGUCAGUCAAAAUUCAAAAUCUAUAAUUCCAAACUAUGUCCUCGUCGGAAGUUACCAUCACCCCGGCCGCUGUGCUCAGGUAGUGAGGUUAGAUUGUCAAAGAGGAAAAGGGAGAAUUUAACUCAAUCUCUUUCUUAUCACCGAAGAGGGACCAAGGAAGAAAAUCCUUCAGGCUGUCAGCUCUAUAUAGGAGGCAAUUACCUGGGCAACGUCAGUCUGCUAAAUUUGUAUGUAUGUAUUGUGUUCUGCACUUACUUUACAUAAGCUUUGCGAUGUUGCUCAUUGUAGCAGAAGUUACCUCUCCAACUUGUAAAUAUAAUGCAGUAAUGUUUCGUUCUAGUUAAGAGUAACAAAACUUUCUUGAGAAGGGUGAUAUGGUUGGAGUAAAUUGAACCAGUCUUUCAAAAUUAGGUAUUUAGUAUCAUCUCUGACCCUGUAGAGAAAGUCUUAGGUGAAUAUGGGACUGUAAUACCUAAUUUUUGUUGAACAUAGAAAUAUCCUUCCGAAAAUACUUCAUAUUAAAUUUUUUGGAAAAAACUUUUACAAUAAUUUAUUGUGAGAUUGUCUGAUACAAGUUCAUCACUUCAUCCCAUAAGGUUUGUUAGAGUGUUGAUCUUCCUAGAAUAUCUUUGGCAGUUAAUAUACUCCGUAUAAGAUGUUUUUGUGGAUACGUUUUUGAUAAUCUGGAUUAGCUAGUGGUAUUCAGUUAUUCACUAUCUGUGGCACUACAACACAAGUAUACAAAAAAAGAAUGACACUAUCUGUUAAAUAUCAACUCUCCUAGAUAUCUUUUUGCAGAGGUCCCCAAAAGUUCCAGCCUUGGCCUGACUACAGCACGUAAUAGAUAGAAAUUUCCAGCCUCAUUCUGAAUACAGCUUGUAACCAGAGUACCCCCUUCAUGCUGCUUGACUUAUACCUAUCUUAUUUUUCCAGUAAAACUUCUAUCUAACUUCAACCAAAAAAAGCUGGGAACAAUGUCUAGUCUGUUUCUGCAGUUGUUAAAUUUAUUUUUUCAUCCUCUCUCUCUCCUUGUCAUAUUCUUUGUAAUCUAUUUCUACAAGAGUCUCUCUGCAAAACCUGCCACUGCAAAAAAUCUACCACCCUCGCCACCAAAGCUGCCAAUUAUAGGGAACCUUCACCAGCUAGGCCUUUUGCCUCAUCGUUCUCUUCAAUCGCUGUCUCAGCGAUAUGGCAAGCUUUUGUUUAUCUACAUUGGCAGCAAGCCAAGCCUGGUCGUAUCCUCUGCAGAUGCAGCUCAAGAAAUCAUGAAGACUCAUGACAUGAUCUUCUCUAACAGGCCUAAAUCACUCGCUGCCAGCAGACUCUUUUAUGGUUGUAAGGAUGUGGCCUUUUCUCCUUAUGGAGAAUAUUGGAGGCAGAUGAGGUGUAUUUGUGUUACACAGCUCUUGAGUAAUACAAAAGUUCAAUCUUUCCGGAAAAUAAGAGAAGAAGAGGCUGCUUUAAUGGUUGAAAGCAUAGAAAGAUGUGGUUCUUCAGUGGUGAAUUUGAGGGAGAUCCUUAUGACAUUCACAAAUGAUGUGAUAUGCAGAGCAUCCUUCGGGAUGAAGUAUGAUCACGAGGGGGGCUUCAAUCUGAAGAAGCUCUUGGAUAAAGUCAUGGAGUUGCUCGGGGAUUUUUGCGUGGGUGACUUCAUACCUUGGCUUAGUUGGAUUGAUCGAGUGAGCGGUUUGGAAGGUCGAUUGGAGAAAGUCGCAAAACCAUUGGAUGCAUUUCUUGAAAAAGUAAUACAAGAACAUCAAAUUCGUCAAAGCACUAAGAUCCAUCACAAUGAAUUAGACAAGGUGAAGAACGUUCAAAAUUUUGUGGACAUUUUGCUUGAAGUUCAGAGCGAGAACAGAGAAGCUCUUCCACUGGACAGUAUUAAAGCCGUUAUAUUGGAUAUGUUUGCUGCUGGGACUGACACAACUUACACACUCAUCGAAUGGGCAAUUAUCGAGCUGAUUAGGCAUCCGAGAGUUAUGAAAGAACUGCAAGAAGAGGUUAGAAAUAUCGUGGAACGCAAAGGCAGUAGGUUAUGUGAGGAUGAUUUGGAGAAACUGACGUAUCUUAAGGCUGUGAUUAAGGAAGCACUUAGGCUGCACCCUCCAGCUCCUUUGUUGGUCUUUCGAGAGUCUUUGAAAGAUGUCAAUAUAAAUAGUUUUAACAUCGCUGCAGGAACACAAGUAAUAAUCAAUGCAUGGGCAAUCCAGAGAGACCCAAUUUAUUGGGAAGACCCAGAGGACUUUCGCCCUGAGAGAUUCCUGAACAGUAGUUCUUUUGAUUUUAAGGGGCAAGAUUUUCAGUAUAUUCCUUUUGGAGCAGGCAGAAGAGGCUGUCCAGCAAUAUCAUUUGCUGUGAUUAAUGCUGAGCUUGUGAUUGCAUCUCUUAUGUAUGAGUUUGACUGGAAAUUUCCAGGUGGAAUAGAACAUGAAAAGUUAGACAUGACUGAAAAUGCAGGUCUCACAGUUCGCAGGCGAGAUCCUCUUUUGGUCAUUGCAACUCCUUAUGCUUGCAGAUAGAUUAUCCUGAGUGUUAUUUAGGUGAUCCAAACUGUUUGCUCAAUUACUUAUGAAUACUGUAAUUAUUCAAGUUUGGUAUUUAUAUCCACUUAUAAGGAUAAUGAGCUUUUUUCAAUGACAUUUUAAGACCUGAUUAUAUGAAGGUUUAUGCACUAGUUAACCUGA